AUGGAGGACGGAGAUAAAGCUUCCAUCUCUCAUAAUGAGAUGCCAGUGACUCUAGAGCCAAACGCGUCACCGCUAGUCGAGGAGGAGCCAGCUGGCGGCUACCACGUGCGUUGGAAGACACUCAUGGCCGUGUUCGCUCUGUCCAUGGCCAACUGUUGCGCUGCUAUAGCCAACACAACCAACACCAUCAUUCACUUCCAAGUCAUGGACUUGGGAGGCGCCGACAAGCAAGCCUGGAUUUCGAAUGCUAACCUUUUGGUGACUCUAGUUUUUGGACCGGUCCUCGGCUCCUUGAGCGAUCGAUUCGGCAAGAAAUGGUUCAUAGUCAUAGCGAGCAUCAUCGGUAUUGUCGGCUCCGUGGUCUCUGGUUCAGCACAGUCGAUAACAACUAUCAUCAUCGGCAAUAUUUUGACUGGCCUUGCCAAUGCAGGUUGUAUCAUGGGUGUACCUGCGGGCCAAGAAGUAACUCCCAACAAACUCCGUCCAUGGACGAUGGGUUUCUCCCAGACUCUGGCCAGCUGUGCUGUGAUUGCUGGUACUCUUGGUGCAGGCGCCUUCGUCAAGUACCAAACCUGGCGAUGGUCUUACUACCUCAACGCCUUUGUCUAUGGCACCACCACUGUCCUGGUAACCUGCUUCUACCAUCCUCCACCCACUACCCUACGCCGACAGCAGUCCCGUCUAGAUGACCUGUUCGCACAAGUUGACUACUUCGGAAUCAUGCUGUUCGUGGGAUCUAUCGCAUCCAUAAUGAUCGGAUUGACCUGGGGAGGAAACACAUAUCCAUGGAGCUCCAGCCAGGUUCUUGCAACCCUGAUCGUUGGAUGCAUUGGUCUUGUUGCUUUCGGACUCUACGAAAGGCUGUUCACGCGCCAGGGUAUCUUCCAUCAUGACUUGUUUGUGUCUCGAAACUUUCCGAUCCUGCUGUUUGUCUGCGUUGUUGACGGCAUGCUUCUGCUGGGCGUCAACAUUCUCUUUUCCCAACAGAUUGCCGCAAUGUUCACCACGGAUGCUGUCAAGAUCGCCACUAUCCUCACUCCGUAUCUGGCAACUUCAGCUUUUGGAUGUUUACCUGCGGGCAUGUUGAUGGCGCGAACCAAGUCGUACAGGACUAUUUUGGUAGCUUCGCUUAUUUGGUGCAGCCUGUUCGUUGGCCUCAUGGCACUGCUGAACCCUAGCAGACUAUCUUGGGCUUAUGCGUUCUCUGCAAUGUUUGGAUGCGGAACUGCCGUCACCACAGUCAUCCCAGUGGUCGCUUUAUCUCUUUCUGUCCCCUCCUACUUGCUUGGUACCGCAGGAACCCUCAGCGUAUCCGGUCGUGCACUCGGAGGCGCCAUCGGCAUCACCAUCUUCACAUCCAUUUAUCACAACAAGAUGGGUACUGCCCUACCAAAAGCUGUUGGUUCAGUUCUUGCAGCCGCAGGGCAAUCAAGCCUGCUUCCAGACGUGCUGAGCGCCAUCAACAGCGGAAACCCAACUGCCCUGUCAAAUGUUCCUGGUCUACCAGCGUCACUGAUUCCCAAAGUCCUCGCCGCAAACGAUCAUGCCAAUACCUACUCGUGGAGGUUUGUAUGGAUUGCGAUCUCUGUAGUCGUGGCGGCAAAUGCAUUAGCUGCGUGCUUCCUCAAGUCAGUUGCGAGUCAGAUGAACAGCCACGUUGAGUCUGCUCUGGAAGAUUCGGAUGUUCGUCGAAAGCAGAUGCGUGAUAUCUAA